AUGAAGUCUCGUUCAAGUCAAUUGACCCCCAACAAAAACACGGACGACACCGUCAUCUACCCUAUUGAAUUCCUUAACAGCCAACUACCUCCAGGAUUUCCACCUCAUGACCUUAGACUGAAGAUUGGCGUUCCAGUUAUGCUGCUGAGAAACGUGGAACCACCAGAAUUAUACAAUGAUACGCGUCUGAUCAUCAAAACAACUGGGAUCCGAAUUCUGACGACAACCUUUCUGAACGGACCUUCUGCUGGCGUGACAGUUAUUAACCCCCUCAUGAGCCUUAGUCCCUCUGCCGUGCCAUUUGAAUUUACGCGAAGACAUUUUCCCGUAAAAGUUUGCUUUGUAAUAAGCAUCAACAAGGCACAGGGACAGUCGCUGCAAGUAGUUGGCCUAGAUCUGGCACAGCAGGUAUUUACCCACGGUCAACUAUACGUCGGAUGCUCCCACAUCGGCAGUCCACACAAUCUCUUCAUUUGUGGUAAUCCGGGCAACACCAGGAACGUUGUCUACAAAGAAGCCCUGCAAUAA